UCUCGGUGAGCUGAGCAUAUGCUCUUUGCUGCUGCGGGACCAAGUGGUGGGUUACCUCGGCUGGGGUCCCGCUAUCAAAACGCUCAGCUUCCAACACAUGAACCAGAAAGACGCUGUCAAGCACUGCAGAAACCUUGGAGUACUGAUGAAGAGGGUCACCUGCCUUUUCCCGACCAAGGAACGGCUCAAGAUAAUGCUGCGGUUCAUCGAAAAGUUCGUGAGCCGGCCGACGCUCGUGCGUAGCCACCUGCCCCGCGACCUGGAAGCCGCGGGUCGUCAGUGGCACCAGUACGGCGCCUUCCUGAUGGCUGCCGUGGUCGGCUGGGUGGACAGCGAGUGCCAGCUGGUGCACGAGGUGCUCCUGGGGCUCUCCUCCGCGCAGCGAUUCACCUCCAGGGUGCUCGGUGCGAGGCCCGGGGUGCUGCGUCGCGACGAGCUGGCGCUGCGCCACUUCCUGCGCUGCCUGUUCCUGUCCGAGGUGAGCCCCGAGGACAGUGGUGCCUGGCUGCACAGGCUGCUGCAGCCCUGGCCGCUGGUGUUCCGCGCCAAACUGCUCUUCAUCAUCUACGGGCCCUGCUGUCACCACGAGCUCCUGUGGGUGCUGCCGUCGCUGCCACAGACGGCGAUGGGGUCUCCACUGCUGCGUGCCUCGCUCGUGAACCUGGGAACGGCGCUGGCCUGCCUGCACGAGGAGGCAGGGUGGUCCUCGGACGAAACCAUCACAGUGAUCGAGGAGCUCUUCGUGAUGGCGCGGGAGUGGCUUUCGGUGAACCGCGCCUCGCUGCUGGUGCAUUGCGGAGAAGACAUCUGCGUCCUGCUGCUCUCUUCUAAGCUCGUCAAUGGACGGGAGUCCUGAAGUGGCCAACAUCCUGUACAACUUGAUUUUGGUGCAGCGUCAGGCGUCACGCUCGUCGACCUUCGUUAUCGACGUGGUGAGAGCGCUCAGCGAUGCCGUGGGACACACUCGCUUCUUGAGGGAGAUGCCCCUCCACAGCGACACGCUCGUUCAUGAUGCGUUGAGAUAUUACUCGAGAGGCGACGAAACAGGCUACGAUCAAGUCUGCCACUCGCUGCUGUCUUUCGCCUCCUCGCUGCUUCAGCUGUCCUGCAUGGAGGGAGUGCACUACGGACGCCUUUGCCGCGAAGGCUGAGGGAUGACCAGGACCUGUCGCACCUGACCUAAGAGGAUAUGCAAGCAUCGCCGUUGUUGUUGUUACUUCCACGCCGAGGCGGUGUUCUGGAACCGUAACUUUGUGGGACGACAGCUUGUAAAAACUCCGUUUGCCAAAAAGUGCGCCGGUACAGCUGCAGUGCUGCUGCCAUGCGCGACAGCGUUUGGCAGAAAGUGCCAUUAUUAUCUUGAUGACCAGACUCUUGCUGGAACAUACGGCAAGCAUAUGCCGUGUGUCGCUUUAACAGUUGUAACGCGUUACGUUUAAGUACGGCUUUAUAUAGCCGGCCGUCAACGGCAGUGCGGGCGAUGCUACGUUCCAGGGUAAAAAAAAAAAAAAAAAAAUAAAACAUACCGCAACCGCAGCAAUUUGGGCCCGUUGGUAUACCAUGGUGAAACGUCGUCAAGCUACAUUUGUCGGUAUACGGUGCGGCACUCUCGACACCCAUGGUUGUCUUAGCAACGCCUUCAUCUUCGCCGUACAAGGCCCCAUUGAACUUUGUUAUGACCUGUGUUGUGCUUCGUUUGAAGCACAUGUGCUGAACAGCGCGACCGAACAAACCUGGACGCUGUUGUUUAGACCAACGUGUCUGCACCCAGGCUUUCUUCUUUAUAUACGCGUCCGCACGAGACGAAGCACUUGCGAUUACAAACGUGCACUAGCUUCAUUCUCCAAGUUCUAGUUACUGUUUAGUAG